UUACCCUAGAAGCAGAGAACUGAGAAAAGAAGAAGAAGAAGAAGAAGAAAGAGCGAAAUUGGUAGAACGUAGAAGCAGCGCGAGAAAGCGAUUCGGAGAAGAGGAGGAAUGGCCUCAUCACCGCAUCCUGAUUCGCCGUCAUCACCCUCCGCCGGUUUCAACACUGACCAGCUUCCUCACACCCACACCAGCCGCGCCUCCUCCGACGAUGACGAGGCUUCCGUCGAUCCCGAAAUCAUCCGCGACGAUGAACCACCUAUCGAAGAAGAAGAAGACGGAGAGGAUCUUUACAAUGACAAUUUCAUGGAUGAUUAUAGAAGGAUGGAUGAGGCUGACCAGUUCGAAUCGGUUGGCUUGGAUGACUCCAUGGAGGAUGAUAGAGAUAUGGAUCAGGUCAUAGAGGAUCGUAGGGCUGCUGAGAUCGAGCUUGAAGCCCGUGAUGGUCGCGCUUCCAAUCGCAACAAGCUCCCUCAACUCCUCCAUGACCAGGAUACAGAUGAUGACAGCUAUAGGCCUUCUAAGAGGACUCGAGCUGAUUUUAGGCAGCCUAUACCAAGCGAUGAUGAUCAAAGCUCACCUGGGAGGUCUCAACGAGGACACUCAAGAGAAGAUGUUCCCAUGACUGAUCAAACUGAGGGUGAUGGGUAUGAGGAUGAAUAUGAUGAUGAUGGUGGCCAUGAGAUGUACAUUGUUCAAGGAACACUUCGAGAGUGGGUUACAAGGGAUGAAGUGCGCCGCUUCAUAGCCAGGAAAUUCAAGGAAUUCCUCCUCACGUAUGUCAAUCCAAAAAAUGAACAUGGUGACUUUGAAUAUGUGCGACUGAUAAGUGAGAUGGUGUCAGAGGACAAGUGCAGUUUGGAGAUAGAUUACAAACAAUUUAUCUAUGUGCAUCCCAACAUUGCCAUUUGGCUUGCUGAUGCACCUCAGUCUGUUUUAGAAGUGAUGGAAGAUGUUGCCAAAAACGUUGUCUUUCAAUUGCAUCCAAAUUACAGAAAUAUACAUCAAAAGAUUUAUGUUCGUAUAACCAACUUGCCAGUUUAUGAUCAGAUUCGAAAUAUUAGGCAGAUCCACUUAAAUACAAUGAUCCGAAUUGGGGGAGUAGUAACAAGGCGUUCCGGAGUUUUCCCCCAGCUGCAGCAGGUGAAAUAUGACUGUAACAAGUGUGGGGCCAUUUUGGGACCCUUCUUUCAAAAUUCCUAUUCGGAGGUGAAAGUUGGAUCCUGUCCCGAGUGUCAAUCAAAAGGACCAUUUAUUGUCAAUAUUGAGCAGACAAUUUACAGGAAUUUUCAAAAGCUUAGUCUCCAAGAAAGCCCAGGAAUAGUUCCUGCAGGUCGGCUUCCUCGAUACAAGGAAGUGAUAUUAUUGAAUGAUCAGAUUGACUGUGCUCGACCCGGCGAAGAAAUUGAGGUCACAGGUAUUUAUACCAAUAACUUCGACUUAUCCCUAAACACAAAGAAUGGGUUCCCGGUGUUUGCCACUGUUAUUGAGGCUAAUCAUGUUACAAAGAAACAAGAUCUCUUCUCUGCCUACAAACUUACAGAAGAAGACAUAAAAGAUAUUGCAGAAUUAUCCAAAGACCCCCGAGUCGGCGAAAGGAUUAUCAAGUCUAUUGCUCCAUCAAUCUAUGGUCAUGAGGACAUAAAAACUGCAAUAGCUUUAGCUAUGUUCGGAGGUCAGGAAAAAAGUGGUCAAGGAAAACAUCGACUGAGAGGUGACAUAAAUGUUCUUCUUCUCGGUGAUCCAGGAACUGCCAAGUCUCAAUUUCUCAAGUACGUUGAAAAAACUGGGCAGAGAGCUGUGUACACUACUGGCAAAGGGGCUUCUGCUGUUGGUCUCACAGCUGCUGUUCACAAGGAUCCAGUCACAAGGGAGUGGACCCUUGAGGGGGGAGCCCUUGUUCUUGCUGACAAAGGAAUUUGUCUUAUUGAUGAGUUUGACAAGAUGAAUGACCAGGAUAGGGUAAGUAUCCAUGAAGCAAUGGAGCAGCAGAGCAUAAGCAUAUCAAAAGCGGGAAUUGUCACAUCUCUUCAGGCACGGUGUUCUGUCAUUGCUGCUGCCAAUCCUGUUGGAGGCAGGUAUGAUUCCUCAAAAACAUUUUCUCAAAAUGUUGAGUUGACAGAUCCUAUCAUUUCUCGUUUUGACAUCCUCUGCGUUGUCAAGGAUGUGGUUGAUCCGGUCACUGAUGAGUUGCUUGCAACGUUUGUAGUUGAUAGUCAUCAUAAGUCACAACCCAAGGGUGCUAAUAGAGAUGACAAGUCCCUGAGUGAGGCCGCAGAUGCUUAUGGAGCUUCCAUGCCAGCUGAUCCCGAGAUACUUCCUCAGGAGCUGCUGAAGAAGUACAUUACCUAUGCCAAGUUGAAUGUCUUUCCGAGGUUACAAGAUGCUGAUUUGGAUAAACUGACACAUGUAUAUGCUGAAUUGCGGAGAGAAUCUUCUCACGGACAAGGAGUUCCCAUUGCUGUAAGGCACAUCGAAUCAAUGAUAAGGAUGUCUGAAGCUCAUGCGAGAAUGCAUCUCAGAAAGCAUGUCACACAAGAGGAUGUGGACAUGGCAAUUCGUGUUCUACUUGAUUCAUUCAUUUCCACUCAAAAGUUUGGGGUACAGAAAGCGCUGCAGAAGAGCUUCCGGAAGUAUAUAACUUUCAAGAAGGACUACAAUGAAUUACUCCAUUAUCUUCUCCGCGAGCUUGUAAAGAAUGCUUUGCAUUUCGAAGAAAUUGUUUCUGGAUCUGCUUCAGGUCUAACGCAUGUAGAUGUCAAACUAGAUGAUCUCGUCAACAAGGCUCAGGAUCAUGAAAUAUAUGAUUUGAAACCCUUCUUCAGUAGUAGCCUCUUCUCUAGUGGCAAUUUUGCAUUAGAUGAAGAACGAGGAGUGAUUAGGGUAUUGCUCCACAAUGAAAUUUGAAUGUUUGAUCUGAGCUAUCUUGCCUACGGAUGUGUUUGGGUUAACUUAUAAUUUUGUACGAUUUCACCGUCACUAGGUUGCUCUUUAGUGGUUUGGACUUUGGGGCCAUUAUGUUGACAUUGUCAAUAUUAUAGCAGUUUAAACUUUAAUUAUUUUCA